AUGGCACGCCCUCACUACACCACCCUCGCCCCUCCACGCGACUCCCUCGAGCUCGGCUCCCUCGCCUCCUCCUCUCCUACCCAUGCCGAUGGAAAUUCCUCCCGCUCGUCCUCUCCAUCCGGCAUCUCCUCAUCUCGCAAGCUAUCCCUUUCGAACGACGACCCUCUCCACCCAGUCCACUCCAAUGGCACCGCCCGCCCCUCUCCCCAUUCGCGUUCCUACUCCGUCUCCUCCGCCUUCGACUUCGCUUCGAACCUCUUCCCUCUCUCCUCGACCGCCGCAGGCUACUCUGUCCUCGGCUCACAGCACGCAGGUGGGCCGACGGACUUAGGGGGUGCGGGGGCGAGCUUAGAGAAGCAUAAGAGUUUGACGUAUCUCAAUGGGCUGAGUCUGGUCGUAGGGCUGAUCAUUGGGAGUGGGAUCUUUUCCUCACCGGCGCAGGUCAAUAUAAAUGCGGGCUCAUAUGGAGCGAGUCUGGUGGUGUGGGCAAUCGCUGGCGUUCUGGCUUGGACCGGGGCCGCGAGCUUUGCGGAAUUGGGGGGCGCCAUACCCCUUAAUGGGGGAAUGCAGAUCUAUCUAUCAAAGAUCUAUGGAGAGCUCACUGGCUUUCUGUUUACGUGGUGCGCAGUCUUUGUCCUAAGGCCAGGCUCUUCUGCUAUCAUUGCCAUUAUAUUUGGAGAAUACAUAGUGCGAGCAGUGGUGGGAGCAGAUGCAGAUGACGUGAGUGCGUGGGUCAACAAGGGAGUGGCCUUUCUGGGCCUCGUGAUGGUGACAUUGAUGAAUUGCGUCUCUACGAAACUCGGAACAAGGGUUGGGGACUUUCUCAUGUUCUUCAAAUUCAUCGCGCUACUAGCUAUCACGGCAACGGGCAUUGUGGUAGCCGUCACAGGCUUCACCUUCCACGGUAAACCCAACGAUGACUGGAAGACUGUCGGCUGGUUCGAGGGCACCUCGACAGACCCUAGCUCCUGGGCCGUCGCCCUCUACGCCGGCCUCUGGGCCUUCGACGGCUGGGAUAACUCCAAUUACGUCGUUGGUGAAUUCCUGCAUCCCCACCGCGACCUACCUCGCGUCAUUCACACCGCCAUGCCGCUCGUCCUCACCUUCUACCUCGCCGCUAGCGUCGCCUAUAUCUUCGUCCUUCCCCAGGCUGUCAUCAUAUCCAGCAACACCAUCGCCGUGAAAUUCGGCUCUGUGGUCUUCGGUCCCAUCGGCUCUCUAGUCCUCGCCUUGACAGUCGGCGGCUCCUGCUUCGGCUCUCUCAACGCCACUACAUUCACCUCUGGCCGUCUCGUCUAUGCUGCUGGCAAAGAGGGCUUUCUCCCUGCCAUCCUUGGCCACAUCGGCAUGCCCGGCGCCGGCCAAAACGACCCCAUAAAUCGCUUCCAGCGCCGCUCCUGGCUCUCGAAGACCCUAACCCGCUUGAUUGGUGACGACGAAGGUAGUCUCGGGUUCACGCCCAUAAACGCCCUGCUCGCCAACGCCAUCCUAACGACCUUCUACAUCAUCAUCGGCGAAUUCGGCACCCUGAUCACCUUCUCCGGCGUCGCGGCAUACGCAUUCUACUUCAUCACCGUGUUGGGUCUCAUAAUAUUAAGGGUCAGAGAACCGUACCUGGAACGUCCGUAUAAGUGCUGGAUCACCACGCCGAUCAUCUUCUGCUGUGUCAGUAUCUUUUUGUUGAGUAGAGCGGUGUUUGCGAAGCCGAGACAGGUGGUCAUUGUGGUUGCGUUUGUGGCCGCGGGGGUGCCAGUGUACUUUUGGAGGGUGAAGCCGAAGGGGAAAAGGAGAGGAGAUGAGGGGCAUGGGUGGAAGUUUUGGAGACGGUGGAGGAGGGGAUGA